AUCUCUUGACCUCACGAUCUGCCCGCCUGGGCCUCCCAAAGUGCUGGAUUACAGGCGUGAGCCCCAGCGCCCGGCCGGGUGUGUGCAUUCUUAAUCGGACCAUUAACAAGCGCCCCAGCUUCUGCAGGAUAUCCACACCACCAAUUUCAGAGGCAACAAGAACUGACGUGGGUUUCAGUCUGCCUUUGUGGGGUUACAGCUCAUGCUUAUGGGUUCCAGCAUGCCUUUGAUCUGCCACUUUUUAUAUCCAUUUUUUUUCCUGACUACUUGCCCUCUGGACUUAAAGUUCCAGCAUCAGACACAAAGGUAACAGCCAUGCAUAGGUGGCCUAACCAGCUUCCACAAUUGUGUAAGAGAAAUCUCUUAGUGUUUUAGCUUUUCUAAUAAAAUUCUCACUGAUAAAAUAAACAACCCCCUCAAGCUUUGCCCCAAACUCUGUGUGUGUGUGUGUGUGUGUGUGUGUAGAGAGAGAGACAGCUUAAAAAUCUGCCUUCACAAAUACGAUCACUCUGAAAUCUCAGAAUAUCUAGACUCUAUUAAGUAUCAAACUUCAAGUCUCUUCUCAUUAAGAAAGAUGUGUGUGUGUGUAUGUGUGUGUACGUAUGUGUGUUUUGGAAGCAUAGGAAGUAAGUGGUGAAUAAAUAUAUACACACACAUACAUAUACAAUCACACAUACACACACAUAUAUAUCUUUCUUAACGAGAAGAGAUUUGAAGUUUGAUAAUAGAGUCUAGAUAUUCUGAAAUUUCAGAGUGAUUAUGUUUGUGAAGGCAGAUUUUUAAGCUCUCUUUUAAAUAAAGGUUAUUUCAAUAAUUAGAGAGGUUGAAUAAUUAGAAAUGGAAACUUUUUUUUUUCACAGGUUCUGUCUUCUAUCAAAAGGUGCUUUUCAUCGGGUAUGCUGGACCCCAGUAUUUCUAAUCACACCCUUUAUCUCCACUCUCUGUUACCCCAGGGACUGAGAAAGGGAACAAGGUGGCAGAGGAAUCAGACCUCUCUGGCAGACUUCAUCCUUGAGGGGCUCUUUGAUGACUCCCUUACCCACCUUUUCCUUUUCUCCUUGACCAUGGUGGUCUUCCUGAUUGCCGUGAGUGGCAACACCCUCACCAUUCUCCUCAUCUGCAUUGAUCCCCAGCUUCAUGCACCAAUGUAUUUCCUGCUCAGCCAGCUCUCCCUCAUGGAUCUGAUUCAUGUCUCCACAACCAUCCCUAAGAUGGCUACCAACUACCUAUCUGGCAAGAAGUCUAUCUCCUUUGUGGGCUGUGCAACCCAGCACUUCCUCUAUUUGUCUCUGGGUGGUGCCGAGUGUUUUCUCUUAGUUGUCAUGUCCUAUGACCGCUAUGUUGCCAUCUGUCAUCCACUGCGCUAUGCUGUGCUCAUGAGCAAGAGGGUGGGACUGAUGAUGGUUGUCACGUCAUGGUUGGGGGCAUCCGUGAACUCCCUAAUUCACACAGCGAUCUUGAUGCACUUCCCUUUCUGUGGGCCUCGGAAAGUCUACCACUUCUACUGUGAGUUCCCAGCUGUUGUGAAGCUGGUGUGUGGCGACAUCACUGUGUAUGAGCCCACAGUGUACAUCAGCAGCAUCCUCCUUCUUCUCCUCCCCAUCUUGCUGAUUUCUACAUCCUAUGUCUUCAUCCUUCGAAGUGUCAUUCAGAUGCGUUCAUCUGGGAGCAAGAGAAAUGCCUUUGCCACUUGUAGCUCCCACCUCAUGGUGGUUUCCCUUUGGUUCGGUGCCUGCAUCUUCUCCUACAUGAGACCCAGGUCCCAGCGCACGCCAUUGCAGGACAAAGUUGGUUCUGUGUUCUACAGCAUCGUUACCCCCACAUUGAAUCCUCUGAUUUAUACUCUCCGGAAUAAAGAUGUAGCUAAGGCUCUGAGAAGAGUGCUGAGGAGAGACGUUAUCACCCAAUGCAUUCAACGACUGCAAUUAUGGUUGCCCCGAGUGUAGAGUGGAAUAGGAUAAGCUCCUUAAAUUAAUUCAUGUAAACCUGUAAGGUUUUUCAGGGAGCUAGCUCCCUUAUGCUGUUUUACUACUAGAAGAAAAACACAUUUAACACACAAUUCCAAUAUUCCACCUCAGUGUCAGGUAUCCAAGCACUGUGGAGAACAUUUCGGUGGGUCUUUAGAGAAUUAGGGAAAACUUUUUAAAAAGUCCUUUUGAAAGAAGACAUAUAAAGGUCAGUGACACCCUGAAAAAAAGAAGGCAAGUUAAAGAUAUAAGGGCCCUUAUCUAUUAUUAUUUUUAUUAACAACAAAUAUAUAAAACAUGCCACCAGAGAAUAUUUAUGGAGCAUAAAAUGGGAAUGUGUUGCUUACUUUUGGAAACAUGGGAAGUAAAUGGUGAAUCAUGGCUGUUUGAAAGGGAGGAUGCAUGAUAUAAAAGUUAUAUUCUU